AUGGAGGCGCGGCAUCCCCAUAUUGUAGAGCUCCAGAAGCUCGUCGUUGGAUCUACCUUGAGCCAAAUUUAUCUGGUGAUGGAAUUCGUGGAGCAUGAUCUCAAGACUUUGCUCAACAGGAUGCGCACGCCUUUCCUACCGUCGGAAAUCAAAACAUUACUGAAGCAGAUCCUGUCAGCUGUGGCGCUGAUGCACUCUCGUUGGGUUGUUCAUCGUGACUUGAAGACCUCAAACCUAUUGAUGUCCAAUCGUGGAAGUAUCAAAAUCGCCGACUUUGGACUUGCGCGCAUGUUUGGUGAUCCUUUGGAGAACAUGACCAACCUGGUUGUCACGUUGUGGUAUCGCGCCCCAGAGCUGCUACUUGGCGCGAGACAGUAUGGGCCUGAAGUCGACAUGUGGUCGGUAGGCUGCAUUUUUGCCGAGCUACUUCAAAAAGAGCCCCUCUUCCCAGGUAAAAACGAGGCCGACCAGGUAUCCAAGAUUUUUUUCCUCCUGGGCCAGCCGUCCGAGGCCAAUUGGAGGGGCUAUUCGAAACUACCAAACGUUCCUACUAGGAUUCGAGCACCUACGCGCAGCCAUCUAUCCCAUCGCUUUCGCUACUGUACCGAGGCUACGCGAGACCUUUUGCAACGCAUGUUGACGUACGACCCCUCUUGCCGGAUUACGGCGGAGGAGGCAUUACAACAUCCUUAUUUCACGGAACCACCUCUUCCGGCGCAUCCUGAAACCUUCGGGAGCUUUCCUUCUGCGGCAUCAGGAGACCGUCCACGGCACGGCAGUCCUGCGGCGCCGCUCCAUCGCCCACGGCCCUGGUCUCAACCCGUCUAUGGGCGUAUGUUUACGAGCGGCCCGAUACUAGGAGAGGAGGACAAGCAAGCCAAGAUCAUUCGCCUUCUGCAGGAGAAGUUUGAGCCGUCCGAUUUGCAGGUGCAGGACUCCAAGGCAUUUGCCGACAAGCGCACCGUGCAGUCGCACCGCAUGGUGAAUCAGGCCAUCAAGGACGUUUUUGAAGACAUCCAUGGCCUCCAGCUUAAGACGAUUGCCGACACGGACUAA